AUGACGAGUGUUGCUGUUGCUAUAGCUAUCUCUUCGGACGACAAUGCGACACCCUACGAGGAAGAUAUUCCCGUUGGUGUUGACAGCAAUGAUACUCUCCCUCUUUCACCUCAGCAUCAUUCUGUAUCACAUGCUUCAUCAUCUCCUGCUCCUUGUCUUGCUUCUUCGUCAUCGCUGUCAACACGUCCUUGUCAACAACGUCAGCAUCCGAAUCCUCACACACAACCAGAUCAUCAUCGUCCUCAUCCUCACAAUUUGUCUGAUUCCAAGUCUGAGCCAGCUGCACCUGUCGAUUGCCGCACUGAUCCACUGGACAUCCAGGCUUUGUCUCAUUAUCCACCUGAGGAUAAUUAUCAAUUGAAUUUGCCUCAAUUUCAGCCAUUGAGACAACCUGGAUUCUACCCUCCCGAAGAUUAUCCAACCGACGCCCUCGGCUGCUUCAAACUGUUCUUUACCGAUGAAAUGCUAGAGACUAUCAGAACAAACAGCAACAUCAACGGUGAAGACAAUUGCAAAAAGUCAUUCUGAGGAAAAUCAGGAGGACGCCGAGGGGAGGAGAGAUUUCAUCCAGUGACGCUUGCAGAGAUGAACUCAUUCUUAGGGCUCGUGAUUUACAUGGGAAUUGU